AUGACUACUUCUUUUACUUCUUCAAACACUACUACUCAAGUUGAUCCAUUUACUCAACUUGAUAUUGCAGAAAACAAAAUUAUAGAAUUACAAGAAAAAUUAAAUGAACAAGAAAAAUUAAAUGAGCAAUCUUCAUUGAUUAAUAGUAAUAUUGUAUCUUUGGUUUUGCGGCCUACACAAGAUAAUAUAGAAGGAUUUUCUAUUUCAAAAAUUCCACUUGCAAAAGAUUUAAACUUAAUAACAAGGCUAUUCGUCAAUAUGGAUAUGGAUAUUGAGGAUGAUUAUAGUGAUACUCGAGGAAAUUAUGAAAAUACUAGUCAUAUUUUAAAUAAUA